AUGGAGUCUGAGAUAUCUAUCGACGAGGAGAGGCAGGCCAGUGCCAGUGGUGAACACGAGGCUUCCCAGGAAAAGCGUGACGCCACAAAUGGCAAUUCUCUCGAACUCGUUGCCAGCUUCGAAAGCCCCUUCGACUUUCCUACCUGGCGAAAAUGGUUGAUGACUUUGCUGAUGGGAGGCAUGGCUGCUGCCAUUACCUUUGGCAGUUCAGUAUGGUCCUCAACACUUCCCGUCACCACAAAGCAAUUUGACGUUAGUGAAAGUGUCGCAGUCUUGGGCGUCUCUCUGUAUGUGCUGGGCUUCGCUUUGGGACCGAUCCUCUGGGGACCCCUCUCUGAGCUCAAAGGUCGACGGCUGCCAAUGUUUACGGGAUUCUUCAUAUGGACGCUGCUGCAAAUUCCAGUCGGGGUGGUGAACAACCUACCGACCAUUCUCGUCUGUCGCCUACUGGCAGGCUGUUUUGGCGCAGGGCCGAUGGUCCUCAUCAGUGCCGUCUAUUCUGAUUUCUGGGAGCCAGCUGAACGCGGAACAGCCGCGGCGGUCUACUCGGCGGCAGUCUAUAUCGGGCCAACACUAGGCCCCAUUUUUGGCAGUCUGCUCACCGAGAGUAAACUGGGGUGGCACUGGACUGCAUGGCUCACCCUCAUCAUGGGCGGGAGCGUAGGGCUACUAGCCUUCUUCUUCGUGCCGGAGACAUAUGGACCUAUCUUACAACAAAGGGCAAACCGAAAGCUUCAUCUCGCCAAUAACCCCAACGCUUCCUCUGAGGACGACUUCGAGCAACAUGCAGGGUUUGAGAUCUUUGUACGAAAGUACAUGGUCAGACCCGUAAAAAUGCUCUGUUUUGAACCUAUGUUGAUGGUCAUGACUCUAUACAUUUCCAUCGUCUAUGGUAUCCUGUACCUGACGUUUUACGCGUUUCCCUAUAAUUUUGCAGAGGGUCGAGGCUGGGAUCCCCGAGUUGCGUCUCUGCCCUUCUUAAGCAUACUUGUCAGUGUCUUGAUGGGGUCUGUCGGAGUUGCCAUCUACUCACGCGAAUACUAUCGACCACGCCUUCAAGCACGCGGGUCAGUGUUGCCGGAAGAUCGGCUUCCGCCAAUCAUGCUAGGCAGUAUCUUACUGCCCGCCGGGCUCUUCUGGUUUGGGUGGUGUUCGAGCCCCAACAUAUCACCUGUACCCCAAAUCAUCGCUGGACUGUUCAUCGGCAGCGGUAUAAUGCUCAUCUUCACGAAUGGCAUCGCUUACAUCGUCGACAUCUACCUUCAAUCUGCUGCUAGCGCCCUAGCUGCCAACACGUGUUGCCGAAGUCUGGUCGCGGCAGGGUUCCCACUGGCAGCACCGAGAAUGUAUCGUACAUUAGGCAUUGGCUUAGCUACGAGUGUCUUGGGUAUCCUGUGCGUCCUCCUCAUUCCGGCGCCCUUGCUCUUCUACAAAUAUGGAAGCAAACUGCGACAAAUGUCCCGCUACGCUCCGACUUCUCGGUGA